CAUACACAAAACAACACUCGAAAUGUCAAUCGCGUACAAUAAUCAGCUGUCGAUUUUUAUUGCAAUAAUUUAUUAUGAACACAAUGCGCGUUAACAAAUGAACAAAUCCCUGUUCUGCUAGAAGCAAUCACGGUGGUGAUCUUAGGUUUGUGCGGUGUGGGGCGAUGGCGCGGUGUGGGUUCGGCGAGUGAAGGAGGCGAAGGCGGGCGAGGCCAAGGUCCGAAGGGCCAGGCAUGUGGAGGCAUGGCCGGCGAGGCGGCGGGGACGUCGCGCGGGCUCCGGGUGUACAAGAUCGUCGUGCUGGGGGACGGGGGAGUGGGCAAGUCCGCGGUCACUCUGCAGUUCGUGAGCCACAGUUUCUUGGACUACCAUGACCCUACUAUAGAGGACUCAUAUCAGCAGCAAGCUGUCAUUGAUGGAGAACCAGCAUUGUUGGAUAUUUUGGACACAGCAGGACAAGUGGAGUUCACAGCAAUGCGGGAGCAGUACAUGCGGUGCGGAGAGGGCUUCGUGCUCUGCUACUCCGUGACGGACCGGCGCUCCUUCCGCGCGGCGGCCGAGUACCGCCGGCUGCUGGCGCAGGCGCGGCCCACGGAGUGCCUGCCUCUUGUCCUCGUCGGGAAUAAGCUGGAUUUGGCUCCUAGAUGUCGGCAGGUGACAACUGAAGAAGGCUCGGCGCUCGCCACGCAGCUCGGCUGCCCGUUCUUCGAGACGUCGGCUGCGCUGAGACAUUUCGUCGAUGACGCUUUUCACGCGCUCGUGCGUGAAAUACGCCGGUUGGAGCGACAGAGACAGUCCUCAUUAAUGGCGACCGGCAUCUCGACGGGCGGCGGGCGCCGGCGCUGGCGGCGCCUCCGCAGCAUCUUCGCGCUCGUGUUCCGCCGCCGGCGGCGCCACGACUGAACGUAAGCCUUAACACAACCCCAAUAGGUUCGGAUUCGAUUGACGCGUCGAGACGACGCUUGACUGUGCGAACCGAUGGUAUUGUUCAAUGAAUUGAUAAUUAUUUUAUGUGGUGUUCGAGAAAUCAGUCGUUGAAUUGACCUUUUAGGGCGUCCACGGAGCGGGCGCACGCACGCGGAUGCCGUUGUGGGUAAAAUCUGUCGCACGCGUCCGCGCCAGUUAGCAACGCUAAUAGGUACUAUUUUUAGUUUACCCGCUCACCAGCUCCGGACAACCGCGUCAGCUAGACGGACGCCCUUAUACAAUGGGUAUGAGUGGAUGCACGAAGUAUUAAGAAAAUCGUGUUAAAUAAAGCCAAAGCUGAUAUUAUUUUAAUAUUUAUAUUAAGUUUACUUCAUUCUCGAAUAAAAGUUUUUAAUUUGGUCAUUUACCUCCAAUGGUGAAACUGUUUUGGAUUUUCUUGUUAUUUAUUUAGUUCCAGAUCUGACACUGAUGUUUAAUUUAUGUUGAAUUGGUCUUUGUAAAUUAAAAAAUCUAACAGUUUUAACAAUAUCAUUGGUUGUACAACUUAAAAGUUUCUAAAUCAUCUAAAAAUGAGUCAUUUUGUUGUUUCCUUAUACACAGUUUUAUUAGCCAUGUUAGAAAAAUGAGUUAAUGUUUUUAAUACUACUACUUUUAUCACGUACCUGUAUAUUUAAGUAUAUUGGCAUCCCCACCAGUCAAAAAGUCAUCAUUUCAGUGGCCAUUUAUAUAUAUUUUUUGUCAAAGUAUAAAUACCUUUUAGUACAGAAAAAACAAAUUUUAAUGAAUCUCACUAUGAUAUAUAAAACAAAAUUAAAGUGUCUUUGUAAUCUAAAACACAUUUCGAAGUCUUUUUACAUCUUCUCUAUGUCAAAAACUUUUUUUUUUUGCAAAUUAACCUUCUACCUCUUUAAGAUUUUAACAUCCCUACUAUAAUUCCUAAUAACUAAACUAAAAUAAGCAGGGCCUAUAUUUGUUAAGAUAUUUGUAACGCUAAUGAUUGUUAUAUUUUAUUUUUUACUAAUUUAAAGUUAAUUAGGUAUAACAGUUUUCUUUGAGGACCAAUCUGCUAAGAGUGUUGAUUAGAUCGGUGGUCAACUAUGAUUUUGACAAUAUGUACUACAUAAAGUACCUAAUAUGAAACCCUCUUGAACAUAAUUAUCUUAUUAUUAAAGAAAACAACUUCAAAAAUGUUAUCCCGACAAUCUAGUUUUAAAUAAAAGCCGAUUUCGUAAUAUUUUGAAUUCAAAGUUAAGUCGAGUGAUUUAAGGCUAGAGCACACCGGCUGCGUCCACGUGCGCGUGCGCUAAAAUGUUGGAGCCGUACACGCACACCUCACGCAAUCAGUGUGCCGUCUCUCAUAAGGAUCUGUAUAUUACAGCGCGCACGUCUACGCUCACGCAUCUGGUGCGCACAGCUCUUUAGUAAGACCCCAGGCCUUAGACAGUUCCAAGUAAUGUUUAAACUUAGUUUUAGACCAUUGCCUAUAGCGUUUUGUUGUUAGAACACAUAUUGUUACACGAAAAGAUGAAAAGGUCGGUUGAGCUGGAAAAUUAAGAUGUUGAUGCUUUGGAAAAUCAAGAUGUUGAUGCUUAGAGUUAUACGCUUUGGGAGUCGAGCUUAAUGCGUUGCUAAGGAAUCUGAAACGUUCAAGAAUGUCUAAGAAGUCGCUAAUGAGUAAAAUCACAGAGUUAUUGAAUGUAGAACACGAAGUCUAAGAAAAAGUCGUACCCUGAGUUUGUCAGCUGAAUUAGAUCGCGAUAACGAUAAAUGUUGUAACUGGAAUGUAAAACGUCAACUUUUGACAGUUAGAUUUCGCAUGUGUUGUGCCGUACAGCGCUAUCACAUUCAUAGCAUACAUUUUACGUAGACAUUUCUACACUUAAUAAAUCUUUGGUCAAAUUUAACGCUUGAGCAUUGAGAUUCGCUAUGAAAUUGAUCUAUGGAGUAUACAACAAAAAUUGAUCGUGAUAUUUUCUGUAAUGUAUAAUCAAAUCGAUCAAAAAAUCCGACUGGGAGCGAUGGAUUUUGGUAGGAAAAAAAUAUGGCUACGCAUCAAAUCUAAGGUAUAAAGCGUCGUUGAAGAAAUGAGUAAAGAAGGGUAGGAAGCUAUGCUUUCGGAAUUUAUUAUAGUUCCAUAAUGAUUAGGCGUCGAUAGUGUUAGUAGUAGAUUCCGAAUGGUAACAAUAUGUCGUUGAAUUGAGAGAUAUUUAGAUGUUGUUGAUAUUAUUUUACUAGAUGUUUAGUAAUAGUAUUUCCAUGUACAAACGGAAUAGUCCUAAUGCACUGUACCACGUAUUGUUUGUCUAGUCUAUAUUUAGCUUACUUCUAUAGGCAUAUAGUGAUUUUAUUUUGGCUAAAGAAUCUUUAAAAUAAAAAAAUGUCGACCGGUCUGGCCUAGUGGAUAGUGACCCUGCCUGUGAAGCCGAUGGUCCUGGGUUCGAAUCCCGGUAAGGGCAUUUAUUUGUGUGAUGAGCACAGAUAUUUGUUCCUAAGUCAUGGGUGUUUUCUAUGUAUUUAAGUAUUUAUAUAUUAUAUAUAUCGUUGUCUGAGUACCCAUAACACAAGCCUCCUUGGGCUUACCGUGGGACUUAGUCAAUCUGUGUAAGAAUGUCCUAAAAUAUUUAUUUAUUUAUUUAUGUUAUCCAAAUUUUGCUUAAAAAAUAACUACAUAUAUUUUUGGGGCUAUAAUUUUAAAUUAAGUUGCAUGACUUACGUCCUUAUGCCAUGAACGCAAAGUGAUUAGCUGUCGAAGUUUUUUUUUAUGAAACUGUAGUCAAGUUUGGCAAGAGUAGCAACUCUUAGUAGAGCAUAUGCAUAGAGAUUCACACAGUAUUUUUCUUAUACUAAUAUUAUAUUACAACCCCAAACCUCUGUUUGAGAAUUUGGUUUUAUUCUACUGUUACUGACAAAAUUGGUUUGCUAGACUAUAGUUUAUAGCAGGGGUCGGCAACCUUUUAGCAGCCAAGGGCCACAUAGUAGUAAAUUGACGCGGGCCGCACUUUGUUAAUAUUUAUGACUUUAUCAGGUAUUGUCGUUUGCCAAAAUGAGAGGUUCGCGGGCCGCAUGCGGCCCGCGGGCCGCCUGUUGCCGACCCCUGGUUUAUAUAGCAAUAGUCGUUGAAUAAUAAAUUUAUUUAUCGUAUGGCAUUACAGUUACUGGAUUUAAAUUGAAUAUUAAUCUUAAGCGCGGUUUAGACUAGCAAGAACUUGCAUGCAAUUUACGUUACAUUGCCGACUACUGAGGUAAACUGCAUUAAAAAGUUUGAUCAGAUACCGGAAUGUAACGUAAAUUGCAUGCAAGUUCUUGCUAGUCUAAACCUCGCUUAAGAUUGAUGUUGGCACUCUUCAUAUACUCGAUGGGCUUUCACUGAGGUUCACGAUAAUCAAUAUAAUCUACGUAUAUUGCAUAAGAAUAUAUGGAUUGUUUAACAAUUUCGUGGACUUUAAAAUGCAAUAUAACUCUAUUUGGCCCAAAUGUUUGCCAGAUCGUCUUAAGAAGUAAGCUAAACCUAGAGCAAGACCUAGGUGUGGACCUGAAACUAUCGACUUCGAAGCAAAGUCUUCCGCAAAAGGAACCCAGUAAGCAAUAAAUAUAUAUAGACUUUUUAAAUCUUGCGUUGUUCAUUGUUCAUUUACACCGAGGGCCACGGGACGCACACUCCGAGCGUACAUUGUUUUACGUUUUAUAAGGCAUGUGUGUCAAAAAUUAUGCAAAAUUUAAUCCUAUAAAUUUUGCAUAAUCAAAGUUUAAAACCAUGUGGGAAAUAUAUUCCCUCUGCCUUAUAAGGGCUACUCCACACUAGCGUCUUUUGCGGCGGCAUUUAGUCAGCGCUAUAGAAAAUGGCGUCACUGAGCAGUUGCGUUAACGUUCCGUCGAGCAGCAGCCAUAAGGUUGACGCUAAAGAGGGGUGGCCCUAAAGGCAAACAAAUGUGUGGUGGUCGGCGUCAAGCACGCUGGGAUCGUGCGUUUCGUGGUCGAGGAGUUAGAGUUUAAUGUAUAGCUUACAUAGCUUAGUAUUUAUAAUGUGUCGGUUUAUAUCGUGUAUAGGGACCUUGUAGGAAUGAAUACCAAAAUAAACGUAGUUUUUAACAGACAGGCCAUAAUUUGGGAUUCAUGUUAGUUCUGAUACGAGGCAAUGACCGUAAAGUACAACUGACGCUGGCAUUUAUAUGUUUAUUCAAAUAAGUAUGUGGUAUUUUCUAUAAAAAGGGACCUUAUUGUCGAUGGCGCUUACGCCAUUAUUAACGAUGCUCCGAUAUAAAUACAAUGCCGCGCGACGCUGUGCGGCGUAAGCGCCAUCGACAAUAAGACUUCUCGACUUCUCAUAGAAAAUGCCCCAUAUAUUUUUAUUUUAUGUAGUUUUUAACAGACAGGCCAUAAUUUGGGAUUCAUGUUAGUUCUGAUACGAGGCAAUGACCGUAAAGUACAACUGACGCUGGCAUUUAUAUGUUUAUUCAAAUAAAUAUGUGGUAUUUUCUAUAAAAAGGGACCUUAUUGUCGAUGGCGCUUACGCCAUUAUUAACGAUGCUCCGAUAUAAAUACAAUGCCGCGCGACGCUGUGCGGCGUAAGCGCCAUCGACAAUAAAACUUCUCGACUUCUCAUAGAAAAUGCCCCAUAUAUUUUUAUUUUAUGUAGUUUUUAACAGACAGGCCAUAAUUUGGGAUUCAUGUUAGUUCUGAUACGAGGCAAUGACCGUAAAGUACAACUGACGCUGGCAUUUAUAUGUUUAUUCAAAUAAAUAUGUGGUAUUUUCUAUAAAAAGGGACCUUAUUGUCGAUGGCGCUUACGCCAUUAUUAACGAUGCUCCGAUAUAAAUACAAUGCCGCGCGACGCUGUGCGGCGUAAGCGCCAUCGACAAUAAAACUUCACGACUUCUCAUAGAAAAUGCCCCAUAUAUUUUUAUUUUAUGCCCAAACACUCAGAAUAUUCCACACCUCGUUCGAAACUGUAUCAUAAAAUCCUUCAAAUCAAAGAAAUCGAUAAGUAAAUAAUAUAAAUGCCAGCAUGUAAAAUAUAAGUGAGAUAAAUCGAGCUCUUCAUUGUAAUCUGUGUGACAGAAACAGCAAUAAAUAUAUGAUAUAAAGAUAUUAUAAUUAUACGACAAGUAUCUUGUUUGGUGUAUGUAUCGAGUACCUUAGUAUCGUGAUGUGAAAUAAUAAAUAGGUCGAAACGCACAAAUGUUAGUCAGUAAUUAAAUAUGUGUACCAAAAUGCUACUUUCGGGAUUCAGAACAUUUUGGAAUAUUUAUUAGUUAUUUUAUUACCAUAUUAAUACAUCUCAGGCAGCUUUUGCUAAGCCGAAAAUAAAUUUUUGGGUUUGCAUCAUAUUAAAAGAUUGAUAUAUGUAUACUUACUUAGGAAUUUAUAUUUAUUAUUUAUUAAGGAAAUGUUCUGAGUGCUGUGUCAUAGACAGCGAAAUUAUCGAAAUGUACACUAAAUACGAUUUGUUUUUAUUAUUUGUAUCAGGUCGUUUUAAACUAUAUUACCGUUUUACUGUAAUAUUUAAAAAAAACAUAAAUAAUUUAUAUUGAUCAUUCGAAAAAAAUUAUAAGAAAAUAUAUCACUAUUACUGUCCUACUGACAGCAUUGUUUUAAAAUAAAGUGCCAUAACGCUAACAUUAUGUAUCUAUUUAUACGAAAGAUAGGGCUUUAUACAGAUAAUAGGGACAAAUCGUAUAAUCAAUAAUCCUAGUUAAAUAAGACGGUGUCAAACUAGGGUGUUUUCAGCCGUUCUAAGACGUAAACGCACCCUCAGUGUUGCCAGUGUUUUAGUUUUUUUUAAAGUAUUUUUUCUGGCCCGAUCUGUAGAUCUGUUUUAGUGCCUUUUCGGCUUUGAAGUCGGCCUCAAAACAAAACUCGUUACAUUGUCAUUCUACUAAGUAUUGUGUUGUUAAGUCAUGCGAGACAGCCUAUUCAUGAAAUUCGAUAUAUUUC